UUAUAUCAGCAGUCAUUACAGACAUGACUAAAAUGUAAACAUUUAGCUUUAUCUUAUAAGUGUCUUAAAACAAUGAAAAAAUAGUAAUGUUGUUAUUAAAUUGAUACAAGUCAACAUAAAUCUUAAAUAUAUGAUACCAGAAGAAGUGCGUUUGGUACGUCUUAUCGUGGUUUCCCUAGACGUAAACAUUAUGUGAACAGCUGUUGUAAAUAUUUAUAAUAAAUGUGAAAUUCAUAGUGGAAUUUUUUUCUGAAUAUGCACUAGGAUUGAAAAAUCAUUCGUGCUUAGAAGUCUUUGUUUACUAAUUCAUGAGACACUGGAUUGUGGUGUAACUGCUACGCAGGUACGAUGCCGUCACUCUUAGAAGCUCUAGAGCGCAAAUAUGGGGCUAAGGGCGAAGUGAAUCCCCCCAUCGAUGACAUGCCAGUCGCGAUAUUUGUCCCCAAACGCUCGCCCCGGUUGAGUGUCCCCACAUUACUGGUGCUCAAUGACUGUGACAUAGACUGCGCUGGGGACCCCUGCGCCCUGGCGGAUAAGUGUGCUGAUGUCGUGGAAUUGGACAUCGCUAAUAACAAACUCACAGAAUGGCAAGAGGUCUUCGCUGUACUGGAGCAGACGCCACGAGUACGCUUCCUGAAUCUAAGUUUCAACCGGCUAUCAGCACAGAUCCAAGCUGCCCAAGCUCUCCGGCCACGAUGGGACAGUCUGAGCCAUCUCGUCCUAAACUCUACGUACGUCGGCUGGCCCAGUGUCCACGGGCUGCUCAAAGCUCUACCAGCUCUUGAAGAGCUGCAUUUGAGCCUCAAUGAGUAUUCGUACGUGGACUUAAGUGGCAAUGAGGUGAACGAGAAGGACCGUUGCGAGGAUUGUUCUCGUCUGAACAUAGAGAACAGCGAUACUGUCCACGAGCAACUGAAGAAACUCCACUUCUCCGGGAACCACGUCAGCAGCUGGAGGGAGAUAUCCAAACUGGGUUAUGCCUUCCCUAAUUUAGAAACGCUUUUGUUGAACGACUGUCCCAUAACAACAUUAGCACCAGAUCCGUGUGAAAAAUGCCAAGAUGACAAUGGAAAUAGAAAGAGCCACGAUGCAUUCCCUCGCCUCAGGUUCCUGAACCUGAACAACACGGGGCUGGCCACAUGGGAUGAAGUGGACCGGCUGGCACGGUUCCCCGCCUUGAAGAGUUUACGGGUACAGGGUUGGCCACUAUGGGAGCGGUUCGAGUCAACGGAGCAUGAGAGGCGGUUACUGCUCGUGGCGCGGCUGCCCCAUGUGAGGACCCUGAACGGUGGGGGCGCGGUGCCGGUGGAAGAGAGAGACGCGGCCGAGCGUGCCUUCAUUAGAUACUACAUGGAGAAACCGGAGUCCGACCGGCCGGAUCGAUACUGGGAGUUAGUAGGCGUCCAUGGUAAGCUGGACCCAUUGGUGUCAGUGGACCUUCGACCAGAGAAGCGAGUCCAAAUCACCUUCACGUGCGGGGACAACAGUGAAGUCAGGACUAUCGAUGUUUACAGAACUGUCUCCGACCUGAAAACGCGACUAGAGCGACUGGCAGGCUUCCCCGCUUCGAAGAUGAGACUGUUCUAUGUCGAUCAGGAGCUGAGAGACACCCAGUUUUUCCAGGGGCCCGAAGAGAUGAAGUAUCCAACGAAGCAGCUGUAUUCCUACAACAUACGGUCGGGUGAUGAAAUAAUCAUCGACUCAAAACUGAAACACUCUGUGUCAGCUAACUCGACCGCGUGAAGCCAUCGCCACAGUGUUGGAUGCAUUUCUAUUAAGUAAGGCUGUCUACAUAUAUUUAAGAGCGUGCACUAUAGUAGUUUCAAUAUCUGAAUUAUUUGUCAAUUUUCAAAAACAAUGAUUUACGGGAGACUACUUUUAUCCUGCAGCUUUGACCGCGUAGAAUGUCGUACGUUACUACCGGAAUUUUUUUAAACCUUGAGUCAUGGAUUUUGGUACAUAUUAAUAUACAUAAAUUAAAAUAGAAAUCAAAAUGGGUCUCUUUAUAAUAUAGAUGUUUAUUAUAUAUUUUAUGUUAAUUAAAAAGUGCUAUGUGUAGCGAACUAAAACGUAAGUCAUGCAACAAUGAUAUAAUUAAAACGUAAGUCAACAUCGAUAUUGAUGUAAAAUUUAAUUUGUAUGGUAAACAUUGUAAAUUGUAAUUUUAUAAUAAAAAAUAAUUGAAAUCUUGAAAAAGCAGUAUAUUAAACUGUAAUCAGUCAUAAAACGUUUUACAUGUUCUACCAUAAAAAUAAGUAUAUAUGUGCAUUUUUUAAUUUGCUACCAAAACUAGCACUUUAAACAAUCAUAAAUCAAUAAUAAAAGAUCUUCACAUCAAAUUUCAUUAGAAACAGCUAUCAGUUUAAUAGUGAAAAAAUAUAAAAGACAGACAGACUUAAGCGUUAUAAUACUAAAUUGGAUUGUUUUUGAGAUUGAUAAAUGCUAGAAUUCGUUAGUGACGCUCUUAACUGUGUGACGUAAGGCUGUUUCACAUGUAAUUGGACGAGGUUCGCUUGGAAAGCGUCAGAUAUCAGAAAAUUAUUAGAUAUUCUCUUAGUAUGCAAUUGGUAACAAUUUGACCUACAAUGCACUCUAGUUUAAUUAUUAUCAGUAUGUUGAAAUAAUGUAUUUUGUUAUAUUACUACUGCCGCAUAUAUUUUCAAAUCGCCAGCUACUGAGAUAUUAGGUAUCAAACGACAACAAUAAAUAAAGCUACUAUACUACAUCAUCUAUUUUAUUAUAUGUAUAUUAUUACAAUAUAUAU